UCUGAGACGGGAACCUUGCUUGAGCCCUCAAAUGCUGAAUUGCAGUCAACCUUCGGUGCUUCAGUAAUGGCAGAAAUUUCAGAGUCUACGGAACUCGCCAGAAAAGACAGCGUCGAUGUUUCGGACUUCGACCCCAAGACCAUGCGUACCACGAAGCCUGGACUCAAGCGCCUUUACCUCACCCUUUCAGUUCUCUUCUCAUUCCUCCUAGGUCUCCCUUUCUUAUGGAAAUCCGUGGAAAUCUAUCGCUCGCCACUUCCAUUUCGCGACAUCGACGCGCUCUCCACUCAAAUCGAAUCGAAUCCUCUGCAGUUCCCUUGCCGCUUUCAAGCCAUCUUCGUAGGGUUCUCUAACCUCAAUCCAAGUGACCUCCACCUCUCCAUACUCAACCAAAUUCACAAACUAACCAUCAAUUCCCCGCAAUGUGGCACCUGCUCGAACAACUUCACAUUGUCGAUCUCCGUGGACCCCGACUCGAGAAUUGGCACCAUCGAUUUCAGUCGCGACGAUGAUGAUGUCGAUGAGGCGCUGGAGAAUGCGCUGGCAGGUGGUUCUGAUUUAGGUGGCAAGGUUUACAGUGUCCUGGUAGUGGAUGGGGUUGGUGAGAUGGAGGGGGUGAGGGCUGUUGUGGGUAAGUACAGGCACGCGUGGAUCCUUGGGAAGGGUUUGGAAACUGAGGCGGUAACGGUGAGGGUGGCGGAGAUCUUUGUGAAGGUUUUUGUGAAUGGAGGGAGAGAGGAAGGUAUGAUUCAUGGCGAGUUCAUGCCAGUGGGUGCAGAUGGGAAGAUCGUUCUUUCGUUUAAUCUGCUUAAUGCAGAUCCGCGUGAUUGGGUCUAUGAUUGGGAUUUUCAGACUAUGGAUGAAAUUUUGUUGGCUCCUGUGGUUGAAGCUUUGAAUCCUAUUGCGAACAUAAGUGUGGAAAGCCAGGUCUUAUAUCACACUCCAAAGGCCUCAUUUUCUUACUGGGAUGAUAAGUGGAAUAGCUACAUCUUUAGUACGAAGGAUCUUCCUUUUUUUGUAAAUUCAAAUGAGUGGCACCUGGAUACUUCCAUUGCAGCUGGAGGGCGGUCUAAAGUAUUGCAGAUUGUGGUAUAUAUACCUUCUGCAGAUGAAUCUCCUCUUCUUCUACAGCUUCCAGAUGGAGAGAUUUCCAGGACAAAUAGCUUUAUAUCUCCAAUGUGGGGAGGUGUUAUUGUUUGGAACCCCCAAGACGUUUCAAAUGAUUCUGAAAGUAAGCUUCCUGACAGGCAUAACAUUUCUCGUCAGGAUCUUCAGAAGAUUUUUGAAAUUUUUAUGGGGCAGUUCCGGCAACUAUUUGGUCUUAAAUCUGAUAGUCUUUAUGUUGGCCAAUCGGGCAAAUCCACUGUAUUGGCUUGUGACAGAGGCUUUUCAGAAUGGGAAUUGGAUGUGUUGUCGAGGCAGCACACGUGUUUUAAUCUACAUUCAAGUGCUACAACCCUCGGAUCUCUUUCCAGAUUGGUCCAGUCACUGCCAAGGAUGAUCAUCAUGGAUGAAAUAGGAAAGCAGGUGAAGUUUUCACUCGAGGCUGCAAAGUUGGCUCAAAGCAAUGCCUCUCUUGGAGUUUAUGAUGCUUCAGCUGUUUCGUCGAGGCAAGCAAGAUCUUUGGCAGAGGAUGCAUUUUUUCACCCUUCUAUCAUGUCCGUCAGCUAUUACUCAUUUGAGCAUUGUUUCGCUGUCUACUCGCCUUUCUUCUUGCCGGUAUCAAUGCAUGUUAUCCUGGCGGCUCUGAAAGAAUGGAGAAGAUACAAACAAGAAAAGCGGAAGUACCUGGCAUGGCAGGCAAAGCAAAGGUAGCAUCUCAAGAAUUUCCCUCUAUCUGGCAAAUACAUGGAGCAAGACUGGUAAUUAGCAGGAAUGUUAAACAUGGGCACUUUUGGAAUGUGGUUCUAGUUUGCCUGCUAUGUGGACCCAUUCAAUGACACUUCACACCACAAUUAUGAUCAGGUACUCAUUUCUUCUUUUGAGGAAAAACGAAAAAAGAUCUGGCAUUAAGUCAUAGUUUUAAUUUUGAGGACUUCUGUAAAUUAUUGACAUUUUUGUGAUUAAAUCAUAGUUGCUUGUGAAAGUUUGUGUGUGUUUAUUAAGACAAUUACGAACCACUCUUUCCCAAG